AUGGUCAGAAAGGCUUUCUCAUCCGUUUAUGGAUGCAUAAAAAAGUACAUAAAAGGAACGCAAUUCAAUGAAUUGGUCGAUGCUCACGGCAAAAUAGCGAUUGUAACUGGUGCAUCAUCGGGUAUUGGUAAACAAAUAGCGAAAUUACUGAAUCUUCGUGGUGCCAAAGUCUAUCUGCUAUGCCGGAAUCCACAAAAGGCACUUGAGACGAUUGAAAAUCUGGCUGAGGUGAAAUUGAUUAUUCAGAAUGAUGAUAGCUUAUUUGUCUUGACUCUCGCGGAGAAUAGAGUGGCUGUGAGCGUUCUCGACUUGUUCUUGCAAAUGCUGAUCUGGCAUCGUUUGAGAGCAUCAGGAAAUUCGUCGAAUCAUUUCUCAAAGGUGAAUGAUCAUUUUUCAAUGUUGAAUGCAGCCAACUAUUUAUUUUCAGAUGAAACCCAUUUGGACAUUCUCGUCAAUAAUGCCGGUGUUAUGGCUUUGCCAGUUUUUCAACGUACUUCUGAUGGCUUUGAAACAACAUGGCAAUGCAAUUACUUAGGACAUUUUUUAUUGACUGAUUUGUUGAUCGGUUCACUGCGAGCAUCUGGCCAUGGUCGCAUUGUGAACGUUUCAAGUUUCAUGCAUCAUCGUGCUGAUUCCGUUGAUGAGCAAAUCGUGAACAAUCCUCAGCACUAUCAACGUAUCCUCACUUAUAAUCGCUCGAAAUUGGCUAACGUAUGCAGAAUUUUUUUUCAUUUAUUUUCAAACAAAAUUUCAUAUUGUUCGUUCGUCAAGUCAAACUGUAAUCAUUGA